GCAGGAGGCGCGCGAGGCGCCGUGGCCAGGCGGCCGAGAGUCAGGGAGGAACCUCAUUUACAUAACGGCCGCCCCUCCGUCUCCUGGCUGGGGCCGGAGUCCCGCCUCUCGUCCAACUUGAAAUCUGUUGGGCCACGGGCCAGUCACUCCGACCCAGGCAAGCCUGUGGUGGAGCUGGAAGAGUUUGUGAGGGCGGUCCCGGGAGCGGAUUGGGUCUGGGAGCUCCCAGAGGCGGCUAUAAGAACCGGGAACUGGGCGCGGGGUGCUGAGAGUUGCUGGUAGUGCCCGUGGUGUCUGGUGGGAGGUGACCGUUAGUUAACUCCGCGGAGUUCAUCUCCCUGGUUUCCCCAUCCUAACGUCGUUCGCCUUUCAGUCAGGAUGUCUGCCCGUGGCCCGGCUAUCGGCAUCGACCUGGGCACCACCUACUCGUGCGUGGGGGUCUUCCAACAUGGCAAGGUGGAGAUCAUCGCCAACGACCAGGGCAACCGCACCACCCCUAGCUACGUGGCCUUCACGGACACCGAACGCCUCAUCGGCGACGCCGCCAAGAACCAGGUGGCCAUGAACCCCACCAACACCAUCUUCGACGCCAAGAGGCUUAUUGGACGGAAGUUCGAGGAUGCCACAGUGCAGUCGGACAUGAAACACUGGCCAUUCCGGGUGGUGAGCGAGGGAGGCAAGCCCAAAGUGCAAGUGGAGUACAAGGGGGAGACCAAGACCUUCUUCCCAGAGGAGAUAUCCUCCAUGGUCCUCACGAAGAUGAAGGAGAUCGCAGAAGCCUACCUGGGGGGCAAGGUGCACAGCGCGGUCAUAACGGUCCCCGCCUAUUUCAACGACUCGCAGCGCCAGGCCACCAAGGACGCUGGCACCAUCACGGGGCUCAAUGUGCUGCGCAUCAUCAACGAGCCCACGGCGGCGGCCAUCGCCUACGGCCUGGACAAGAAGGGCUGUGCGGGCGGCGAGAAGAACGUGCUCAUCUUUGACCUGGGCGGUGGCACCUUCGACGUGUCCAUCCUGACCAUCGAGGACGGCAUCUUCGAGGUGAAGUCCACGGCCGGCGACACUCACCUGGGCGGUGAGGACUUCGACAACCGCAUGGUGAGCCACCUGGCGGAGGAGUUCAAGCGCAAGCACAAGAAGGACAUUGGGCCUAACAAGCGCGCCGUGAGGCGGCUGCGCACCGCCUGUGAGCGCGCCAAGCGCACCCUGAGCUCGUCCACGCAGGCGAGCAUCGAGAUCGACUCGCUCUACGAGGGCGUGGACUUCUAUACGUCCAUCACCCGCGCCCGCUUCGAGGAGCUCAAUGCCGACCUCUUUCGCGGGACCCUGGAGCCGGUGGAGAAGGCGCUGCGCGACGCCAAGCUGGACAAGGGCCAGAUCCAGGAGAUCGUGCUGGUGGGCGGCUCCACUCGUAUCCCCAAGAUCCAGAAGCUGCUGCAGGAUUUCUUCAACGGCAAGGAGCUGAACAAGAGCAUCAACCCCGACGAGGCAGUGGCCUAUGGCGCCGCGGUGCAGGCGGCCAUCCUCAUCGGCGACAAAUCGGAGAAUGUGCAGGACCUGCUGCUACUUGACGUGACCCCGUUGUCGCUGGGCAUCGAGACAGCUGGCGGUGUCAUGACCCCACUCAUCAAGAGGAACACCACGAUCCCCACCAAGCAGACGCAGACCUUCACCACCUACUCGGACAACCAGAGCAGCGUGCUGGUGCAGGUAUACGAGGGCGAACGGGCCAUGACCAAGGACAAUAACCUGUUGGGCAAGUUCGACCUGACCGGGAUUCCCCCUGCACCUCGCGGGGUCCCCCAGAUCGAGGUCACCUUCGACAUUGACGCCAAUGGCAUCCUUAACGUUACCGCCGCCGACAAGAGCACCGGUAAGGAAAACAAAAUCACCAUCACCAACGACAAAGGUCGUCUGAGCAAGGACGACAUUGACCGAAUGGUGCAGGAGGCGGAGCGGUACAAAUCGGAAGAUGAGGCGAAUCGCGACCGAGUUGCGGCCAAAAACGCCCUGGAGUCCUAUACCUACAACAUCAAGCAGACAGUGGAAGACGAGAAACUGAGGGGCAAGAUUAGCGAGCAGGACAAAAACAAGAUCCUCGACAAGUGUCAGGAGGUGAUCAACUGGCUCGACCGAAACCAGAUGGCAGAGAAAGAUGAGUAUGAACACAAGCAGAAAGAGCUCGAAAGAGUUUGCAACCCCAUCAUCAGCAAACUUUACCAAGGUGGUCCUGGCGGCGGCAGCGGCGGCGGCGGUUCAGGAGCCUCCGGGGGACCGACCAUCGAAGAAGUGGACUAAGCUUGAACUCAAGUCAGCGUAAACCUCUUUGCCUUUCUCUCUCUUUUUUUUUUUUUUUUUUUGUUUGUUUGUUUCUUUGAAAUGUCCUUGUGCCAAGUACGAGAUCUAUUGUUGGAAGUCUUUGGUAUAUGCAAAUGAAAGGAGAGGUGCAACAACUUAGUUUAAUUAUAAAAGGUUAGUUCCAAAGUUUAUUUUUUAAAAACAUUAUUUGAGGUUUCUCUUUAAUGCAUUUUGCGUGUUUGCUGACUUGAGCAUUUUUGAUUAGUUUAUGCAUGGAGAUUCGUUUGAGAUGAGAAACCUGAAGUUUGCACACUUGUUCUAUAGAAGCUUGGAAACAAAAUAAAUAGGAGCUUAAAUUGUUUAUUUUUAUGUACUACUUUAAAACUAAACUGAACAUUGCAGUACUGUUAAGGACAGGUAUACUUUUUGCAAACAAAUGCAUAAAUGCAAUGUAAAGUAAAGCUGAAAUUGAUCUCAAA